GGCGGCGGGCGCGGGGUCUGCGGUCUCCUGAGCCCCGAUGUGAGGCGGCGGCGCCCCCGGCCCGAGCGCGCACCAUGGGGGCCCCGCUCGCGGUGGCGCUGGGCGCCCUCCACUACCUGGCACUUUUCCUGCAACUCGGCGGCGCCACGCGGGCGGCCGGCCACGCGCCCUGGGACAACCACGUCUCCGGCCACGCGCUGUUCACGGAGACCCCCCACGACAUGACGGCGCGGACGGGCGAGGACGUGGAGAUGGCCUGCUCCUUCCGCGGCAGCGGCUCCCCGUCCUACUCGCUGGAGAUCCAGUGGUGGUACGUGCGCAGCCACAGGGACUGGACGGACAAGCAGGCCUGGGCCUCCAGCCAGCUAAAAGCAUCUCAGCAGGAAGACACAGGGAAGGACGCGACCAAAAUAAGUGUGGUCAAGGUGGUGGGCAGCAACAUCUCCCACAAGCUGCGCUUGUCCCGGGUGAAGCCCACGGACGAAGGCACCUAUGAGUGCCGCGUCAUCGACUUCAGCGACGGCAAGGCCCGGCACCACAAGGUCAAGGCCUACCUGCGGGUGCAGCCCGGCGAGAACUCCGUCCUGCACCUGCCCGAAGCCCCUCCCGCCGCCCCCGCCCCGCCGCCCCCCAAGCCGGGCAAGGAGCUGAGGAAGCGCUCGGUGGAGCAGGAGGCCUGCGGCCUCUAGACUGCCGCCGCCCCGCUGUACAGAGUGCAUGAGGACCGCGGGCCCGGGGACAGGACUGCCUGCGACCGGCCGCCUUCCCACCCCCGGGCCGCCUGCGGCCACCACGCCGGCCCUCUGCCCACCACCCCUUGCUCAGCAUGUAAGCCCCCCUCCCCUCCCCUUUCAGACCCCUGUGGUUACCUGGCUCGGAGAAGGUGGCCCUGGGCACAAGGGGACAACCGCCCUGAAGGCUGGGGCGAGGAC